AUGUCUCUUUUGAAUGAUGACAUUCGAGUUGUAGUAUCCAUUGACUUUGGAACAACUUAUUCUGGCUAUGCUUGUGCUCACAAGUCCAACCCAGAAGAUAUAAUUGUACAAGAAGACUGGAAUGAAUUAGAACCUCAUUAUAAAACCCCAACCGUUAUAAAAUAUGAAGAUGAAUCGUACACCAUUGUAAAAUCUUGGGGGUUUCCUGCCUUAGCAGAAAAACCAUCAAAUAAAAAAAAAAUUUCUGAUCCAUCAAAACCUAUCGAAUUAUUUAAAUUACAUUUAAUAAAGGAGUUGUCAAAUGAAAAACCUUUUUUACCCGAAGGAUUGGACUUUAAGAAAGUUAUCACAGACUACUUAAAAAAAUUGGUUGAAAUGAUUAAAAAUAGUUGUGCUCGUAAUUGGCAAAAUUUGGAUUUUUAUAGACAAGUUUUAAUUAUACUUACGAUACCGGCAGAGUUUGAUGAUGAUGCAAUCUCAACUAUGCGUGAAUGUGCUUUUUAUGCAGGACUGACAAAAGACAGGUUUAGUAGAAACUUAAAAUUUACGACAGAACCUGAAGCUGCUGCGAUAUAUUGUUUGAAUUCUAUGAAAGGACAAUAUAAUUUAAGCACAGGAGCAUCGUUUAUGAUUGUUGAUUGUGGUGGUGGCACGGUAGACUUAACAACACGACAAUUAUUGGAUGGCAAUAAGAUGAGUGAAGUAACAGAACGUACGGGAGAUAACUGUGGAUCAAGUUUCAUAGAUCAAGAAUUUGUAAAAUUUCUAAGUCGUAAAUUAGGAAAAUCUGUAAUUGAAAUCUUAAAAAAAGACCAUUAUAGUCUAUUGCAAUAUAUAGUGCAAGAAUUUUGUAGACGGGUUAAAAUCCCAUUUACAGGACAACAGUCAGAUUUUCAGACUUAUGAUAUAGAUUUAGAUGAUUAUAAAUUAAUAAAACAGUAUGUUACUGGAGAAGAGAAAAAUCGGUUAGAAGAAUCCGAUUGGUCGAUAGAAAUUGAUUUCGAAGAUAUUAAAGCGAUGGUUGAUCCAGUUAUAGGAAGAAUUAUUCGGUUGAUAAGAGGACAACUAGAAAAGAGUAAUAAAAAAUGUUCUGCUCUGAUGUUAACUGGUGGAUUUAGUGAAUCUAAAUACUUACAAGCUAGAAUUAAACAGGAAUUUAGUAAAAUUGUUCCGAAUAUUUCUGUACCAAUACAUCCUAUAAUUGCCAUCAUUAAAGGUGGAGUUCAGUUUGGACUUCAUGAAGAUAGGGUUAUGAAUCGUGUCUUAAAGCGAACAUACGGAACCGAUAUUGCGCGACCAUCCAAACCAGAUGAUCCAGCGUCAGAGAAAUUUCCAAAUGGUUUAACUAUAAUUUUUGACGCACUCGCAAAACGAGGUGAACAAGUUCCAGCAAAUAAAAAAGUUAUUAAAGCAUUUGAACCAUGUUCAAUAAUGCAACAAAAAAUUGGUUUUAAUAUGUACGUUACAAAAAAUACCGGUGCAAAAUUUUGUAAUGAUCCUGGAGUGAGUUUACUUCGUAAUUGGGAGAUUGAAUUACCAAAGAAUGAAAAUAUUGAAGACAUGGAAGACACAACAAUUUUAUUUACUUUAUCUUUCGGAUCUGUUGAAAUUUUAGCUACUGCUGAAAAUCAAAAAACUGGUGCCAAAUACCAUGUUUCAUUUAAAUGUGAAUAA